UACAUGACCUGAUGCAUGAUUUUGAACCUUCUGAUUACAUUUUGCUAUCACACACAGUUGCAUUGUUUUUCAUCAUGAGAGCAACAUGCUAGAAUUUAGUGAUAGUCCUCUUUCCUUACAUGUAUUUGACAUAUAGGCAAACCUGGAGAAAAUGUGUCGCACUCUGGAAGACCAGCUAAGUGAGAUUAAGGCAAAAGAAGAGGAGCAUCAGCGCAUGAUCAAUGACCUCAAUACUCAAAGAGCUCGUCUGCAGACAGAAGCAGGUGAAUAUUCACGCCAGGUGGAAGAAAAAGAUGCUUUGAUAUCUCAGCUAUCCAGAGGCAAACAGGCAUUUACUCAACAGAUUGAGGAACUAAAGAGACAUUUAGAGGAAGAAAUAAAGGUAAAGGUACUUCCUGUAGUGGGUUUGACUUUGGAUUCAGAUUCCAUUUUCUUUCAGGUUAUUUCCUACCCUCACAUAAAAUCAGAAUAUGUUAGCCAUGUCAAUUUAAUUUGCGAGCUCUCAAACUAGAUGGACAAUUUUGCCACCUCCCUCUCUUGUUUGGGAAUAAAAGUUGUGGAGGGCAUCGCCUCCAAACCUGUGUACUGAGACAGGGAAGGACAACUUUCCAACAUUG